GGCUAAAUGUGCUCACGUUGAACCGGAGAAAAGCUCGUUUGAAAACCUCCGUCCGCUCCUUCGGUCAUUUAGGCAGGAGCGGAGGCUUGUGUAUCGUCAUGAUGAAAAAAAACGUGACUAGGCACCCAAAGCUCCGUGUUAUGCAACCGCUGACCUACUAACACACAUUCGAGGACGACGAGAGGAGCGUGUGUGUGUUUGCGAGUGUGUGUGUGCGCCUGUGUGUAAGAGAGGAGAACUGGAGCAAAGCCUCCGACAUAACAUAAGGACGAAGAGGGAGGGAGAGGUAGACGGCGAAUAGCAGCACAUUCAGGGAGUCACAUUAAUCGACACAAAGCCGGUGAGUGGAUCACGACCCACGCGGGACAUUUUCAUCCCAGACUGAAGUUGUAAAAGGACGAAAGAACACAAUCGAGACGAGAAACUGCAUAUAGAGACACAGAGGAACGAUCUAUAGAAGAAUAAAGAGGAUUCAUCUGUUUAACGAAAGGAAUGCGCUAUUUGACUCAGUGCUGGUAAAUUCCUCUCUCGUCUCCCAAUUGGAAUCCUUGACUCCUCCCACACCCAAGCACACUAUUUUUGAUCUGUUCAACAGAGACUGAGAUAAAACACUGAGCUGAGACUGAUCUGAUGAAUGAUCAACAUUUUUCUGAGGGUGUUUGAUAAAGUUUAUUCUCCAACAGCAAUCCCAGCCUGAAGGAAACCCAUAAAGAACAAGGAACAAAAAAGGAAAAGAGGUGAAAUAAAGAACAAGGAAAACAAUAAGGAGAUUCUCUGAAAACUGAAAGCAAGCUAAAAAAAAAAGACAAUCCCAUUUCUGGGACAAGAAAACUAGGAACACACCUGCCCAAUGACGGUUGUUUUUGUAGAGUUCCAUCUUUUUCUUAUCUUUUUGACCAGUCUGGACACUUGAAAAUAUAAGAAACUGUUUAGAGUGGAAGGAAAAGGCCAUCAGUCAGAAAUAGCUACAGUUCCUCUUUGGAGGCAUAAACAGAACCUUGUACAUCAGUAUACAUACAAUCGUGUGUGUUUUUCAAGUUUCGAUCAGAAACAAAUUCUCUUCAGUUCAAAAACAUUACUUUUCAAUGUCCACUGAGAGCCAGUCAUACAAACUGGCCUCAAUAGGACAACAAUGGAAAGCAUAAAUCUUCCAACCCAAAACAGCGGUUCCAGCUUGGAAACAUUAGAAACAUUCUCAAACUACAAUGAGAGUUUACCAUCUCCUGAAAUGAGCAGCCCUCCUCGUCAAGGACGUCUAAUAAAACCAAAGCCCAAUUCAUCUUGUCGACGGAAACGGGAGUUCAUCUCCGAUGAGAAGAAAGAUGCAUCCUAUUGGGAAAAACGACGCAAGAAUAACGAGGCUGCCAAGAGAUCAAGGGAGAAGCGGCGGCUCAAUGAUAUGGUUCUGGAAAACAGGGUAAUAGCACUGAACGAUGAGAAUGUCCGGCUGAAGACAGAACUCCUGCAACUGAAAUUGAGAUUUGGACUCAUAAGCUCUGCUUCUUACAUGGAAAAGACCCAGCAGAUAAGCAAUGGCGCUGAGGCAGCAGCUAAUGCAGCUAAUGGUUCCGGAGUGACCUCCGGGAAUCCAUAUUUCUCAAGCAGUGGAUACUCCAGUGCUUCUCAGGUCAUGAUGAACUCUGAUUCCUCAGAGGCUGAGCAGUCAACCAGGACUGAGCGGCACACAAUGUUACCCAAGUACUCCCCUCGUGGAUCGCUGUCUGACAUGUCCGAUGGAUCUUCAAGGGACAGUCCUGAGCCUAUAAACUUUGACAUCAAACACGAGAGCUCCGGAAUGGACAUUAACAGGCUUGAGGCAAGUGUUCUUAAUGGCAUGUUUAAUGGCCAUCAAAGUCUUGGACGACUGGAGACCAACCAACCACAAGAAAUGGAACAGCAAGAAAGUGUCAGCAAUCCAGCCCCUCCAUCCGCCACACCCCAAAGAAGUGUCAUUCUCUUUCGUUCUGGAAGCAGCUCCUACCCUGUUGAGAGUCAGAGGGUCGAGGACGUGGAUGAGCAGGGGGCAUCCCAAACACAACAAAAUGGGCAAAUCACUCAUUUUAACCAAACGGGGUGCAAUCUACCGCUAAGACAUGACGGUUUAGAGACUCUUUCAGAGGUGGCACAGCAGUUGGCCAGGAGGUCUUUGGAUUCACCGAGCUAUGAAUUCAACGAAAAGGCAGAUGCUGGGGAAAGACGGCGGUUUGUCAUACAGCAGCAAGACCUGAGUGUUCAAGGGCAAUGCAGAAAUCAGGUUCAAGACAGCACCCCGAAUUCUUUCGCCCCAGAUUUGCUCAAUGAGGCAGGAAAAGCCCUUGUAUACCAGCGGACAAAUCCCUACCUCGGCACUCUGAACGAGGAGCCACCAGUGCUAACUUAUGAAGGUUGCCCAAGAGCAGAUGGCUUUUACCAAGAGCACUCUUCCUCGGGCAAGGACAGUUCCUCUAGUGAUGGAGACCCACGCAGUUCAGAUAAGGAAGCUUCCACUGACGACGAAUCUCCCUCAUCCUCUUCCUCUGAUAUUGGUGGAUAUCACGCCACCCAUCAGUCAGCCUCCUCGCCCACUAUGGUCACCAGUGAUGCUUACCAGUAUGGUGACAACCAAGGCGAAAUGAAAGGCACUGCUCUGCCUCACAAGCUAAGGCUCAAGUAUAGAGCACUGUCCAAUGGUGGCUCGCAAGAUGUCCAAGCUACCACAGCAGCUAUGUCCCCCGAAUCUGCACUGCCACAGCACCCUUACCUGGCGUUAGCACAGGUGAACCAGCAACAAGGUAGCAGCUUUGGAAACAAGGAGGGGGAAAGCGAGACGGCAGAUGAACUUUGCACGCAACAGUGUCCUUCAAGAGACAAGGACAUGGGAUGGAAGGAAAGUGGGAAGAGAAGCUCAGGAGGACGAGGUAACAGAAAUAAGAAACGUGACUGAAACUAGCACAUCACAACCCUUAAGAGAAGACUUGAUGUCAUUUUUACCAUCCAAUUUGACAUUUUACCAAAUGUCAUUUUUACCAUCCAAUGGAAAGACAAAAGAAAUGGUACCAGUUACUUGCAUGGAAGUCGAUUGCUUAUACGUAACAAGAAAGUAACUCAUGUUCUUGGUUUGUUUUCUUAUCAAGAGCAAUUCUGUGACCUUUUAAUGCAGCUCUGUUCUCUCACUCUCUUUCAUAAGCACUUAACUGUAACUCAAAGUUACAAAGGGGAAACUGAGUUCUUUAUAACAAUCUUUUUCCUCUGUCAAAACAAACCUACAAAACUGUACAGCAAACUUCGACUCCACCUUUGAAUAUUUACAUAUCUCUGCCGUGUUUAGUAGCUUAGCUAAAGAAGUGGGUAUUCCCUGACCCUAACAGUUUUUCCGCCACAAGUUCAAGGAGUUAAAGUCCUUUCUCAAUUCUGAUUUCAGAAGUAAAAAAAUAAAACCUCAACAGAUUUAUGCCUCUCCUCUGCCUUUGGACUUUAACAUUAUUGAAGCACUUGGAUUAUAAUACUGUGACCUGACUAAACAUAUCAUAUUUCAAUAUAUUUUAUGAAAAAAAUGACAAUGUCAAUCUUUUAAAAGUGGGGAAAAGACAACAAACACUGUCUACUUCUUACUGUUUGAAUUCCUGUAUAGUCCUUUCUUAAUGUCUGAUGCUUCCAUUAUAUUUUUUAAGUCGUCAUCUUUAUGUCACUGUAUUACACCAAUUCAAAGACACCAGAAUGCUCUCUUCAUAGUGUUUGGUCAUUCAUAGGUCAAGGUUAUCCAGUGAAAAAUCAUCUCUUGUCCACCACAUUGCGUUGUAUCACUGUAAAGGAGCCUGAUGGAUCGAUCCUCUCCAAAGGUCACUGUGACCAACCCUUUUUUAAAAACAGAAGAAAAGUUGCAAUCUGCCUGACAUUUAGCCAAAUUAGAGUAAAAGCCCUUUCAGAAAUGUCAAGGUGGUCUCUUCCAAGGCCUGAGUUAAUAUGCGGACUGUACAAAGUGUAAGAUAUAUCAUUGCCAUCUCAAGAUGGUUUUGUCCUCUGUGGUCAGGCUUCAGAGAUGCCUCACAUGCUACCUCAUGAGAAGAAAUGGUUGAGGUUACGCAGAACUGAAGUGUUUCUCCUUUGGUGUGUGUAGCCCAUUGCAUCAUCGUACCCAUUAACUGUUGCGUAUAAAAGUUAACACACAAGUAAAAUGCUGCAGCACACAACUAAGUGUUACCUACACACAAUUUAGUCCCUCUAGUUGUCUUUGUAGAAUCUACCACAGCUGAAAGCUGCUUCUGCACUGAAUUUUUUUCAUCAGAUUUUAUACAAAUCUGUGUUUAUUGUUCCCAAACAGGUGCCUGGCACUGGCCAUUUUGUAAAAAGUGUACAUACAAAUUCUCUUUUGAGUAUUUAAGUUUGUAUCAAGUUUAUUUUGGCAUUCUAUAAUAAUUAUUAUUAUUAAUAUUGUAUUUUAUUUUAUAUUCCAAUGCUUUCCUUCUCUUUGGGUUCAUAUUUCUUGUGUCUGAUCACCUCAAUGUGAUGCAGUAUGUAUUUUCAUGUCCUGUUCAUCUCUUUCACCUCUGUACCCUGGUGUAUUGUGUGGUAUUUACUGAAGUUUUAAGUAAAAAAAAAAAAAACGAUGUUUGUUAAAAAGAGGUUGGGGUACCUGGCAAGGUGCUCAGAAUGACACUAAAUGAGUGGAAAGAAAAAUAAAUCAUGUUGUACGUUGAAUUUAA